AUGUCCUUGAGGGAGCUUUUCUUCGGUUUCGAUCCAGCGACAAUCGCCAAACAUCCAGAAUGCUUCCAAGAAAUCAACGAUGUCGUGGACUCAGGCGGAAAGCGGACAGUACCCAUGGAAGUCCUCUCUCUGAGCCUAAGUCGAACCGGAACAGCAUCAAUGCAAGCGGCCCUUUCGAUCCUCGGCUUAAAGACUUACCACGGCUUUCAAGCAAUGGCGAACGAACACUUCAACCUCUGGCUCGCAGCCUACGAGAACAAAUACCAUGGCAAUCCUUCCUCAGAAUGUCCCAAAUUGGACCUGCAGUUCUUCGACAAAGUCAUUGGACGUUUCGGGGCGGUUACGGACAUGCCAACUUCAUCAUUUGCAGAAGAGCUGAUCGAUGUCUAUCCUCAAGCGAAGAUCGUCCUGGUGAGCCGAGAAGAGAAUUCGUGGUACAAGUCUUGGGGAAAUGUCAUGUUUUCAUCGUAUGACAGUGUUGGGCUGAGGAUCGCUGCCUGGUUGGAUCCGAGACGGACUGGGAUCUUCUUCAAAGUCUUCAUCAGGGGUGUCGUUCAAGGCCAUUUCAGAUCGAAUAGCGGCGAACAAUUUCGACGAAACUCGAUUCCGGUCUAUAGAGAACACAACGAAACUGUCCGACGAGUGCUCAAAGAGCGAGGUGAAGAAGACAGAUUGCUGGAGUAUAGACUGGGCCAAGGCUGGGGACCACUGUGCGAGUUCCUCAACAGACCGAUCCCGGAAGGAAUUGAAUUCCCAAGAGUUAAUGAGAGCGCGGUCAUGGAUGAGAAGAUGAAAGUGAUCAUGCUGAACGGUGUAAGAAGGACGGCCGUAAGAUGGCUGAGCAGCUAUUACACGUUAUCAUUGCUCUUGGUGGCAGCAGCCUGGGUAUCUUGGUAUGUGGUACAAGGAACGACUCUUGCGUCGUAG